AUGGAAGAAUCCAAGCUUUCAGACAAAGGAGAAUUACUCAAAGAUCCUGCCUCAUAUCGACACCUAGUUGGUCGGCUGAUUUACUUGACCAUUACUAGACCCGACAUCACAUGCUCAGUACAUAUUCUUAGCCGGUUUAUGCAUGAACCUCGCUUGCAACAUAUGACUACUGCCCUUCGAGUUGUUCGUUACUUGAAGUCAUCUCCUGGUCAAGGUUUACUUCUCCAUGCCAAUAACUCUUUAAACCUGAAGGCGUUCUGUGACCCUGAUUGGGCGGGUUGUCCUAUUACCCUCUGCUCUACUACUGGUUAUUGUGUGUUCCUAGGAGAUUCAUUAAUUUCAUGGAGGACCAAGAGGCAAAAGACUAUGUCUGUAUCAAGUGCAGAAGCUGAAUACAGAGCAAUGGCAGGCUGCAUUGCACAUUGCUAA